GCGGCAGCGGCCUGCGUGGUUCACCAGCCGGGCCACACCUGGGCUGCUGCUGGAGGUGGGGAGCCGCGAGUCCAGCCUACCCUGUGAUGGGUGUCUCACUACCUACAAGUCACCCCCAUGAUUUCAAGACAGACAUUUAGCAAGUGCUUCUUUCCACCCGGCCAGUUUCAGCCUGUAAUGUGUUGUUGGUCUGGCUCCAUCAUCUGGAGAAACACACAUGAUCAGGGCCAAGGCGGUCAGCGUGAAGGAGGUGGACUCCGGGAACGACAUCUACGGCAACCCCAUCAAGCGGAUCCAGUACGAGGUCAAGCAGAUCAAGAUGUUCAAAGGACCUGACAAGGACAUAGAGUUUAUCUACACGGCUCCCUCCUCGGCCGUGUGCGGGGUCUCGCUGGACAUCGGAGGGAAGAAGGAAUAUCUCAUUGCAGGAAAGGCCGAGGGGAACGGCAAGCUGCACGUCACCCUCUGUGACUUCAUCGUGCCCUGGGACACCCUGAGCACGACCCAGAAGAAGAGCCUGAACCACAGGUACCAGAUGGGCUGUGAGUGCAAGAUCACACGCUGCCCCAUGAUUCCGUGCUACAUCUCCUCCCCGGACGAGUGUCUCUGGAUGGACUGGGUCACGGAGAAGAACAUCAACGGGCACCAGGCCAGGUUCUUCGCCUGCAUCAAGAGGAGCGACGGCUCGUGCGCGUGGUACCGCGGUGCGGCGCCCCCCAAGCAGGAGUUCCUCGACAUCGAGGACCCGUAAGCCGCCUCCAGCGUCCCCUCUGGCCAACGGAAAAGCCUCCAAGAGUUUAGACUGGUCCAGCUCUGACAUCCCUUCCCGGAAGCAGCAUGAAUAAAGUAGUCAUCCGAGUGGGUCUACGUUAUGUGAUUCUCCGCCCCCCACCCCCAGAUCCCUUUUCAGAAAGCACGGUUGUGGCCUCGCACCCCAUCCGCCAGCCCGGGCAGCGCACCUCUCGGGCUCCCACCCUCGGGUGCGAGCCCGGCCACCGUCACGAACACUGAGCAGACAGCACUUAGGAGUCGCCCAGGCCUGGGCAGGGCGGGGCCCAGGAACGCGCAUUUUGCAGAAACUUGUGAGGGUCGUUGCAAGACUGUGUAGCAGGCCUACCAGGUCCCUUUCGUCCCGAGAGGGGCAUGUCCCUCGUUUCCUGCAGCCUCCACGCCUCGCUCUGGCCCCGGGGCGGCAGUCCCCACCCCGUGCAGGUGCCCCUGCCUCCUCGGAGCCCAUCCUGGGCUCCCAGCCCCCGGGGCUCCCCUACGCACAGGAGUGGCCCUGGACCAGCGGCUCGCCCCUGCAGGAGCCCCGGCUAACUCUGUUAAUCCGCAGAAUUGCAGAGAGAGCCACCCUCCAGGGACAUCACGGUGUGGGCAACGAGCGGCAGCGUCAGUCCUGCCCCCCACGCCCCACCCCCCGGACUCCGGGGGAGUCUGUCGCAUUCCGCCCCGAGGGCAGAUACUUGGGGGGACUCGUGGCCGCCCUGGCAGAUUAGUCCCAGGCUCCCGACGCCCCUCUGGUUUCCUCCUGGUCCUGCACCGAGGGCACAGACGGUGGCUCCCAUCAGCUUUGCAGGGGGUCGCGUGCGGCCAGCGCUCCGGGCUGGGGUGCUGGGUCUGCACAGCCCGUGCCCCCAGCACACCGCAGAGUCCCCCUCCCCGGGCAGGUGCGACGGGGGUGCCGUGCCCCCCACACAAACACAGACGUCACUGUGCUGCACGUGGAUUUCUGUGAGCAGCAUUAGGCGGGCGAGCUGGGAAGUCCUACCUGGGCAGGGAGGCGGAGGGGGGCCCGGUGGCUCUCCUUCUGGGCCUGCGGGGUGCUGUGGCCGACACCUCACGCCCCUAAAGAUAAAUUCUCAGAUAACACGUGAGCCGGAGUGGCAGCUGUACCCACCUCUGCUUCCAUUUGUCCUGUUUGAGCUCUCAGUAAAAAAAAAAAAAAAAAACACCACCAUAGACUAGGAAACCUGGUCCCCAGCCAGUGGGUUUCUGCCGCCCGGAAAAUAGGGGUUGACGCAGGCAGAAGUUUCUCAGUAACAAGAAAGGUGAUCUUUUUCCUCCUACGUGUGUUGUAAAGAUAAACCACGCGAAUUAGGAAAACCGAAGUCUGUCAGCCCGCACGUGGUCCCUCUGCAGAAUGCUUCCGAAGUCCCCUGCUCUGUUCUGCGGUGACCCCUGAAGCCCCUGAGACUCCUGACCGCCCCUCCCCCCCAGCGGCAUGUCACUCCCAUGCCUGCCGGGACCUGGUCAGCAUAGAUCUUGAUGACUGCCCUUCCCAGGGCCGACUAGGAGAAUACCCAGGAACCCGCCCUCCUUCCGAGGGUGCGUUCAUGCUGUGCAGUGAUAGAGAGUUCGUGAGAUGUCAUAACGGACCAGUCCACGCGGCUGCAGUGUAUACGAGACCACCAGACCCCGCCCCCAUUUGCUUCCUGUAAGAUGUUAUCAUACGAAACAUUUACUCCUGGUUCUGCUGAUUUUUUAAAUGUCUUGGUUUGUUUCUGGCAUCAGCGGUAAUCAUUCCCGUGCUGUGUUUUUAUUACCCUCGGUAGGUGUUAGACUCGCACCUUUUUUUUUUUCUUUUUUUUUUUUUUUACGGUUUCUGCAUCGUGGAAUCAUUUGACCCAGAAUGGAAAGCGUGGCUCGGUAGGUAGCUUAUGAUGGUGGAUUCAUUCUGAUCUUUUGUUUCUUUCUCUGAGUACAGUUGCUUCUUUGCCAUUUGCUACCUUUUUUGUUCUCCGGUUCAAAUCAUUACAAAGUAAAAGAUCUUUGAGCCUUUCUCCUUCAUCCACACACAGUGGUCUUCUAGCCACACUGAGCAGGAAAACAAAAACAGAAACAAAGUAACGAUCCAGAUGAAGUGUGCGGUGGCAGCCACUCAAACACCGUCAGAGUAACUAAUCACCAUGUGUACUAGUUCAAGAAAGCUCUCCAUUCGGCGUGGUCUAAUUUAUAUGUUACGUCCUACGCACUGCUCUUCCUGCGCCCAUUCUUGUCUUCAUUGGAGCAACUCAAAAUAUUUAAAGUGAAGUUUACAUUGUAGUUAUUUUCAAAUCUUUGCUUGAUAAGUAUUAAGAAAUAUCGGACUUGCUGCCAUAAUUUAAAGCUUUGUUUGAUUGUGUUUGUUUUUGCUUGGUUUUGUUUUAUUGUUAUUUUUUGUUUGUUUUUGUUUCUAUUUUUGGCCAAUGUGUUUUUGCUGGAAUAUGAAGUCUGAGACCUUCCUGUGCUGGGAACACGUAAGAGCUGUUGAACGCUGACAAGCAGACUGCGCAUGUCUCCGAUGCUUUGUAUCAUUCUUGAGUGAUCGCUCGGUCAAUGGAAAAUAAACGGUAUUAUCAAGAA